CUGCGCUGGUGCAUUGGGAACGGAGCGGAUGUGAGAAUUUGGGGUGACCGCUGGCUUCCAGGGGGCUUGCCUGAUUUCGUCCCCUUGGCUCCGCGCGGACUCCCAGUGGAUUCCAACGUCAGACAACUUAUUGACCCAGUAACAGAGAGGUGGAAUUGGGAAACCAUUGAAGAGUGCAUGCCAGCUGAAGUUGGUCAGCGCAUAUUACAAAUCCCGUUAAGAGGUAAUGGUGAAAGAGAUAGUUUAAUCUGGUCAGCAAGUGCGUCGGGAGAAUACAUUGUCAAGGAAGGGUACAAGUAUUGGCUAGACAACUUCCUCCGAGAACGCGCUAUGACCCCGGUUGGUGAUGCGGCCAUUUGGAAGUACCUCUGGUCAAUGAAAAUUCCUCCUAAAAUCAAGCAUUUCAUGUGGCGCUUUAUGAGAGGAAUCCUACCGGCGGGCGACAAAAUCAGUACAAAGAGUACGAAGUGGAGUGACAAAUGUCCAUUCUGUGAUAGCAGGGAAACCCAGGUGCAUUUUUUUGGAGACUGUGGAUGGACCUCUAGAAUACGGACGACAGAGGACUGCUACCGAUGGACCGUUGAAGCUAUGGCCGGGAGGGAUAAGGAGGAUGUCGAAGCCUGGUGUAUUGUUCUUUGGUUCUUGUGGCGGGAACGCAACGCCCAGCUCUUUAAUGGCAAAAAAAUGACCGAGCAGGAGAUUAUCCCCCGAGCACAGGCGUUUCUCUCUGACUACAGGUCCCAGCAAGCUGGCGUGAUGAUCCAAGGGGAAGCGAGGGGUAAUGUUAAGUGGUGUGCACCGGAUCCUAGACGCAUAAAGAUCAACACGGAUGCGGCCAUCCUUCAGGGAGAUGGAAUCGUACUAGGAAUGGUAGCUCGUGAUUCACAGGGCCAGUUCCUAAUGGCGGCAUCUAUGAAAAUUCCUGGUAGAUGGGAGGUUGAAGCGGCAGAGGCAAGGGCAGCGGAGUUUGGUGUGCAAAUAGUGCAGCAGCAUCAUCUUAUGAACCUUGUCAUUGAGGUUGACAGCCUGGGAUUGGUAUAA